UCAGUCUAUAUAUAUAUACACACACCUAUUGAAAGAGGUCCAUCUACUUAUCACUUAAAUUAUUUCAAAAGCCAAUUUGUGGUAUACUGAACUUAGAAGUUACUCUUCCCCAAAGGAGCUCCCCAAUUGUCAAGUGUUACUUCCUUUGAAAGAGCAAUAAGAACACCCCAAAGCCUGCCCCCCAUGGUCUGUUUCUCCAUCAUCUUCUGGGCAAAGUCCAUAACAUUGCUUGUGACAUCAAGGCUUACUUCGGUUCACUCAGAACUGGGUUUAUUGUUCUUUAGGGGGUAACUUCUUAGUUGCUAUCACUGCAAUCAAGUGAUCUUAGAAGCAAAUUGCCACUCAUGUGCACACUUGAGAGUGUCACAAUAGAUAUAUUAAUGUCCUGUCCUUGAUUUUGAUACCAUAUCCACUGUGGAUGGCAGCUGAUUAUGGAUAGAACAUUGUGGCAAAGGCGGUGAUCUUCAGAUGAUGAAACUGAAUGUUGGAGAGUCUGAGAUUACCAGCCCCCAAAACUGUCACCUCACAAGGCCAAGCAGUGAAAAAUAAAGAAAAUAAGAAAAAUAAAUAAACUCUCUAAAAAGAAGAGUUUAGAUGAAGGAAGAUGUUUACUAUGAAGACACUUCCAAAAAACAGAAACUUAGUGACUGAGAGGCUCAAUGGUUAAGGUUUUGGUUCAAUUCUCGGUUCUGAUAAUUAUUAAUUUUGUAACUUUGAGUAAGUUCACUGUACUUUCAUAUCGCUCUGACUGCUCAUCUAUAAAAUGGGGAAAAUAAUAGCUGUUAUCUCCCUCACAAAGUUGCUGUGAAGACUGAAGGAAAACAUACAAGCAAAACAUUUAGCACAUUCCUAGCACAAAGGAGGUGCUCCAUAAAAAGUGGUUAUUUUUAUUAUUACCAAUAUUUUAUUUUGAUACUAUUAUGACAUCAAACAAAAGCUCCUGGAAUUAGAAUAAAUGGACAGGACAAUUAAGGCAAGCAGGAGGCAGCAUCCGCAAAGAUAAAUGUGGUCCAUGCGCCACAGUUGUUAACACACCUCUUCUCUGUGUUUAGAUCUGAGUGAAGGCUGCUGCAUGGCCAUGACUGGGUAUGGCUGUGCUGGUGAUGACUCACCAUGGAGUAGGAUAUGGGUAAUAAGAGGAAGUCAUGCUCCUGAGACAGCUCCCAGGACGGAGGUUGCUUGGCUUUCAGGAGGCAGCUGAGUAGGAAUGGUGGACCCGGCAGCUGUGCUGCCCUAUCCCUGUGGCUGGCUCAGCUUCUCUGACAGGGAGAGAACCUAAGUCUACGCUGUGGUGGCUGUCCAUAGCGGAAUGUCACAGAACACACUCUUUCUUCAACUUUUUCUUCUCUAAUCUAAGUGGUCUCCGUUAUCAUUUUCCCAGGGAAACAUGAGCUCAGGGGAUUUGAUUGACAGAAAAGGAGUGAGGAAGGGAAUAUGUGUGAAGGAAGCUAAAAGCCCAUGGGGAGAGUACUGGACUUUCUGUGGAAGGGAAGUUUGAAGACGAGGCACCAUCAGGAUGUACCCACACAGACCAAACACCUCUAGAAUCCUGAGUCAGCAUCUUCCCCUCAUGCUGAUUCCUACUCCCUGCCUCAACCAAAAUUCCAUUGUUCGCUGGCAUUACUAUUCCCCUAGUCAUGCAGAAAUGCAACUUGGAGCUCCUCUGUGGCUCUAUUAUAAACCCCUCCUCCAUUCAACCCAUUACCAUGACUUUAUUCCAUACAGUUUUUCUUUCUACGCACUUCCCUCCCCUCUGCCAUCCCGCUGCCUUCAUCACUCCUGCAACACCAAACUAACCACUCUGUUUCUUGUCUUUAUCCAAUCCGUCCAGAUCCCCAGUACCACACCAGCGUUUCUUAGAUAUUAUUGUGUCUUGCCACACCUUUCCUCAAAAGCCUUAUUUUCCCCAAUGCUUUCUUUUCUAAUGUAUGAAGUUCUGACUUUUCAUUAUGACUUUCAUGAUUCCCCACCAGCUGGCUCCAGGGGGCACAAUGGCUUUACUCCACUUCUCCAUACCCACCCUCAUCCCAGCAAGUGCACCAUGGCCCUGGCACAGUGCUGAUGGAAUCUGAAAAUAUCGCCAGGAAAUCAUUUGCAAGACUAUCCUAAUAAAUUACAUUUUUUUUUUCCUGGAAUGGGGAAACAAGGGACAAAGGGUGAAACACUUUCCCCAAAAAAUGUGCUUGCCUCACUGAGACCACAGGUAAGGGCUUAAUAUGAUGUGAGAAAGAGGAUUUCUAACUUGGAAUGUAAUUCAUUUCCUUGAAUAUUUAGAAAGCCUCUUGGAUGGGCAGGAAUGAAAACCAGACACUGUACCUGCCAUGACAUAGUUUUCAAUCAAUAAGGAGAUGAAGAGGCAAGCUACCAGUGUAACAGAAAGCAGAAUGAAAGAAAGAGGGACUCAGUAAAGCCUUGUUCUUUUGUUGAAGGCAUGAGAUCCUAUGAGGUAGGCAUGGGCAAGUAUUACCUUCAUUUUCCAGAUGACAAAACUUGCUUACCUGCCCCAGAGUUUAAGUGGCUUGCUUAUUGUCACAGAGCUAAUAAUUAGCAGAUUAGGGUCUCCUAGCUGGGUGAUCUUUUGAAUGCAUGCCUCUGCCAGCAGCCAGCAGAGCUAUGAAACACCGAAAGAAAUAAUUAAGCCUGCUUGGGAACAGUGUGAACGGGCAUGGAGCUGGGAGGUCUCCUGGGAAAGGUGGCAUUUGACCUGGGAAUUGAUGAAUCCCAGAAAAGCCAAUCAGCGAGGUGUGAAAACAAAACUAAAAUGGAGACUGGGCCUGAAAAAUUCCCAGGCAGACAAAGCCGAAGACCUUAAAAAUAGCCAGGUUCUUACUAAAACUACAAACAUAAGUGAAACUUAACUUGGGUCAAUUUCCGAUAAAUGCUUAUGACAGAAAUAACAAUUUAACCCCAGCCGAUGAUAAGUAGUCAACUAACAUAUGAUUAUGUGACUAGGGACUUUCCAAAAAGUUACUUUAAAAAGGCAAUUAUGUAACUGCAAACCAGUCAAAUAAUGUUUUAUUUUGCUUCUGUAACUUCCCAGUAAAUGCUUGCCUCUGACACUUUGUCAUCGCAACACUAAACUUUUGUCAGUCUGGUGCUGCCCAAUUCAUGAAUUGCUUCUUACUUAAAUAAACUCUUUAAAAUUUUACUGUGCCUCAUAUUUUUUAAUAGAGAAGAAAGGAGAGAAGGAAGAAUAUUUUAGAAAUAAAGGAACUUCACGGGCAGAGUCACAGUGCGAGACAAGAGGAGCAGACCAAGGGCAAGAUUGCUGGGGGAGUGAGGACUCCCUCCCUCUUCUCCCCUGAGAAGCUGAGAUAAAGGGGGAGGAGAAACCUGGGUGCCCCCCACUGAUAAGCAGGCUCCACCCAGAGGCCAGUCCUGUGUGUCUGGGGACAAGGGGAAAGAGCAGCAGAGGUGUCCCUUCUCCAAGAUCAAGGAACUGGGGUGGGGACAGAAGGGGGACCGUUUCCUGGACCCCAGUCCUCCGGAUCAGCACCUAGAGUGGAACCAGGAACGAUUCUGGAGCCACAGAGGAUAGACAGACGGAAGGUGGGGACCAAAGUGAGGAAGAGCCGAGGGAACCCAGCCAGGCAGGUGGAAUGGGGACUCUCUGGAGCCAAGAGAGCACUCCAGAGGAGAGGCUGCCCAUGGAAGGGAGCAGGCCAUGGGCAGUGGCCAAGCGGGUGCUGACAGCUAUCCAGGUUUUGGGCCUGCUUCUUUGUUUUUCUGUGCUUUUGUUCUACAUCUUCCAGAACUGUGGCCCUCGCCCCUGUGAGACAUCUGUGUGUUUGGAUCUCCGGGAUCAUUACCUGGCCUCUGGGAACACAAGUGUGGCCCCCUGCACCGACUUCUUUGGCUUUGCCUGUGGAAGGGUCAAAGGGACCUAUAAUUCUUUUCAGGAGCUUGCCACAAAGAACAAAAACCGACUUCGGAGAAUACUGGAGGCCCGGAAUUCCUGGUACUCAGGCUCUGGGGAGGAGAAAGCCUUCCAGUUCUACAACUCCUGCAUGGAUACACGUGCUAUUGAAGCUGCAGGGACUGGUCCCCUCAGACAAGUUAUUGAGGAGCUUGGAGGCUGGCGCAUCUCUGGUAACUGGACUUCCUUAAACUUUAACCGAACACUGAGACUUCUCAUGAGUCAGUAUGGCCAUUUCCCUUUCUUCAGAGCCUACCUGGGACCUCAUCCUGCCUCGCCACACACACCAGUCAUCCAGAUAGACCAGCCAGAGUUUGAUGUUCCCCUCAAGCAAGAUCAGGAACAGAAGACCUAUGCCCAGAUCUUUCGGGAAUACCUGACUUACUUAAAUCAGCUGGGAACCUUGCUGGGAGGAGACCCACACGAGGUGCAACAACACGCUUCCAUGUCCCUCUCCAUGACUUCACAGCUGUUCCAAUUUCUGAGGCCCCUGGAGCAGCGGCGGGCACAGGGCAAGCUCUUCCAGAUGGUCACUAUCGACCAGCUCAAGGAAAUUGCCCCUGCCAUCGACUGGUUGUCCUGCUUGCAAGCAACAUUCACACCGAUGUCCCUGAGCCCCUCUCAGUCCCUCGUGGUCCACGACGUGGAAUAUUUGAAAAACAUGUCACAACUGGUGGAGGAGAUGCUGCUAAACCAGAGGGACUUUCUGCAGAGCCACAUGAUCUUAGGGCUGGUGGAGACCCUUUCUCCAGCCCUAGACAGUCAAUUCCAGAAGGCACGCAGAAAGCUCAGCCAGAAACUGCGGGAACUGACAGAGCAACCACCUAUGCGCGCCCGCCCGCGAUGGAUGAAGUGCGUGGAGGACACAGGCACGUUCUUCGAGCCCACACUGGCGGCUUUGUUUGUUCGUGAGGCCUUUGACCCGAGCACCCGAAGUGCUGCCAUGGAAUUAUUCACUGCGAUCCGGGAUGCCCUCAUCACUCGCCUCAGAAACCUUCCCUGGAUGAAUGAGGAGACCCAGAACAUGGCCCAGGACAAGGUUGCUCAACUGCAAGUGGAGAUGGGGGCUUCAGAAUGGGCCCUGAAGCCAGAGCUGGCCCGACAAGAAUACAGAGAUAUACAACUUGGACCAAACUUCCUGCAGUCUGUCCUGAGCUGUGUCCGGUCCCUCCAAGCUAGAAUUGUCCAGAGCUUCUUGCAGCCUUGCCCCCAACACAGGUGGAAGGUGUCCCCUUGGGAGGUCAAUGCUUACUAUUCAAUAUCUGACCAUGUGGUAGUCUUUCCAGCUGGACUCCUCCAACCCCCGUUCUUCCACCCUGGCUACCCCAGAGCUGUGAACUUCGGCGCUGCUGGCAGCAUCAUGGCCCACGAGCUGUUGCACAUCUUCUACCAGCUCUUGCUGCCUGGGGGGUGCCCAGCCUGUGACACCCAUGCCCUCCAGGAAGCUCUCCUGUGCCUGAAACGCCAUUAUGCUGCCUUUCCAUUACCCAGUGGAACCUGGGGGGGUGACUCCCUCACAUUCUUGGAGAAUGCUGCAGACGUGGGGGGGCUAGCCAUUGCACUGCAGGACAUCUAUAGGUCUUCUGGGAAUUACUCUUUCUUCUGGCUCAGAUCAACUUGUCAGUGCAGAGCCAGUGAGCAAGGGCCAUGGGUUUUGGGUACUGUGUGGAGGGACUUACAAAUGGCCACAGGUCUAGAGCCUGAGGGCCCUUCUCCACCCACCCCUACCCAGGCAUACAGCAAGAGGCUGUUAUGGCACCGUGGGGAGACCGUCCUGCCCCGCCUGGACCUCAGCCCCCAGCAGAUCUUCUUUCGAAGCUAUGCCCAGGUGAUGUGUAGGGAGCCCAGCCCCCAGGAAUCUUACGACACUCACAGCCCUCCACACCUCCGAGUCCAUGGGCCCCUCAGCAGCACCCCAGCCUUUGCCAGAUAUUUCUGCUGUGCACGUGGUACCCUCUUGAACCCCUCCAGCCGCUGCCAGCUCUGGUAACUUGGUUACCGAAGAUACCACAGCACAGAAAUAUCGACCAACACCUCCCUGGUCACAUCCACGGAAUCAGAGCAAGAUUUCCUUUCCACUUCUGUUCCAAAAAUAAAAGCCGGCACUUGGCUUCUGCUUGUCUCUUAA